AUGAGUUUCUUUUCUGUCGCGACCAUUGCGGCUGUCUGCCUUCUCACCUGCACAUCAGCUCAGCCCGCUCUCAAAGACGUCACAUUCGAAGCAGGCAUUCGACAGGACCGCGCUACUAACAAGUGGGGCGGCCCAUGCGUGGCCGACCUUGAUCAGGACGGGCACUACGACCUAAUACUCUCUCAUCAUCUCAAGGACCCGGUGCAACUAUACUUUGGAAAGGGCGAUGGGACCUUUAUCAAACGCGUUGACUUCGAGACAAAAUUUAAAGAUGUGCACGGAAUACAGGUGGGACCACGUACUGCGAAGACACGGGAGCGCAUACUUUCCGUUUCUGUCGGUGGCGGCAGAGGUUCUAACCUGAAGAGACCGGAGCUCUUUUCGGUGAAACCAGAUAGAAGCAUCAAGGAUAUAUCCACAUCUUACGGAUUUGGGAAAAUCAAGAGCAGGGGACGAAACUCGAUUUUCAUGAACCUUGACAUGAAAAGCUCCUCUGCAAAGCGCAAAAGUGGUGGUGGCCCAGAUAUUAUCUUCGCUAGCUAUCUGGGAGUAAGUCUCGGAAGCCUUAGGCAAUAUUCCUACCAGAACAACAACGGGUACUACAGUUUCCGCCCGAUUCCAGUGUUUGCCAGGCAGCUGCGGGGCAGAGUGGAGGUCACUGACAUUGAUGGGGAUGGCGUAAUGGAAAUCAUCAGCAUCCGACACCUCGAAAUAUUCAAGCUUGUCGCUCCGUUCACGUUUGCCGAAAUCACAUCUCAGGUGCUUCCACCAGACUUCACAAUGCCAAGACUGUCAGGAACUUCUGUGGUAGAAUUUGACAUGGAUAACGACGGGGACAUGGACCUCUAUGUCGCCCGAGCGGAUCGUCGCCGAAUGACCCUCUCGGACAGCCUACCGGGGGAUGAUCAUACUGAUUUUCUUCUUGAAAAUCGGGGCGGGAAGUAUGUAGAUGUGUCGGAAAAGGCUGGCAUACGAGAGCGAAGAGACAGCAUGGGAGUCACGGCAGGUGACUUCAACAACGAUGGAUUUGUCGAUCUGUUUAUCACCACGUGGAAAGGCCGAGACUAUUUUCUCAUGAACAAAGGGGGUGGCAGGUUCAACACUAUCAUUGACACACAAAUCAGGAAACCAACGAAAGUGAUUGGUAAUAAUGGUAUGGCAUUUGACUACAAUAGGGAUGGGAGGAUUGAUCUCAUGGUAGGGCAGGGAGAUCGUGAAGGGCCAAAAGGAUAUUGGCGACUGCUAAAAAAUGUGAUGCAGCUCACGAACGAGAGAAAUUACCUUCACGUAUUCGUGAGAAAUGCGCAGAACCGAGGUGCUACUUCGCUCCACGCAGUGGUUACUGUAGUGACCGGGCGAAGGCGAAUGACUCGACGAGUUGGUUCUCGUGGGGCUCAGGCCGGCGGAGGGUCGUAUCUGGACACGGUCCACUUUGGAUUUGGCUCCUUCCGAGAGGCUACGGUCGUGAUGGUGCGAUGGUCGAACGGCGUGACUCAACGUAAAUACAAGGUGCGCGCGAAUCAAAGGAUAACAUUUGGCGUUCUUUGA